UGGUAAAUAAAUAAAUGUAUUUUUACUGUAAACCGUGAUUUCGAACUUACGGCAUUUGUACACUUCGGUAUGCGAAAUACCAGAUUGUCGCGAAACGUGUAGUUUUGGUAUUUUUGAAAUUUAUCUUGCGGUCACAUGUCAAACUUAUAGUAAACAUUCAAUUUUCGACUUGAUUUUUAAGAAAACAGUAAAAGAAUGUCGGAGCGCAAAGUAUUAAAUAAAUACUAUCCACCGGACUUCGAUCCAUCGAAGAUUCCGCGUAUGAAGUUGGCCAAAAAUCGCCAGUACACGGUGAGAUUAAUGGCUCCAUUUAACAUGAGGUGCAAAACAUGCGGCGAAUACAUUUACAAGGGCAAAAAGUUCAAUGCACGUAAGGAGGAUGUGGAAAACGAAACAUACUUGGGUAUUCGCAUUUAUAGAUUUUAUAUAAAAUGUACCCGCUGCCUGCAGGAGAUCUCUUUCAAAACAGACCCGCAGAAUACAGACUAUGAGAUUGAAGCGGGUGCAACACGUAACUUUAUGGCUCUUAAGCUGGCAGAGGAACAAGCUCGUCGUGAGGAGAGGGAAGCUCGCGAAGAGGAGGCAAACAAUCCAAUGAAAUUGCUUGAGAAUCGUACGCAACAGUCUCGCAAUGAAAUUGAAAUGCUAGAAAGUCUCGAGGAGCUCCGUGACCUCAAUAGGCGUCAACAAACUGUUGACUACAGCACCAUGUUGGAACAAUAUAAUCCAGCGGAAACGGAACGUGAACGUUUAGAUCGCGAGGAACGUGAAGACGAAGCCUUUGUUAAGUCUGUCAACUUUAAGAGUAAAACAGAGGGUAGCACUCGUAUUGUUACGGAGGAAAUAAUUGAGGAAGUCAAGGAAGAGGACAUAAACCCACCAGCAGCUAAAGUCGUCAAACCAACAUCUCUGUCAGCAGGCAACAAUAAUUCUUCUACAGCACCCCCGAUUGUGAAACGCAAGACUCCUUUGGUGCUAGUAAGGCCCAAAGCUCCUCCAGCGCCUAGUGCAGCAGCCAGCACCUCCUCUGUUGCUGUUGCAGCACCCACUUCAAGUGCUACCUCUAAGCCAGCAGGGCUUUCUCUCCUAGCUGCCUAUAGCGACAGUUCUGAGGAUUCCAAUUGACCUAAGCAUAUAAAUCAUAUGUUUACUGUUUACGAAAUAAAUUUACGUUUUGUAUUUAAA